AUGCAGUUCACCGCAGUCACCGCCGCCCUCCUCCUGGCCGCCUUCGCCAGCACGGCCUCCGCCUUACCCACCACCCGCAGAGACGCCAUCACCAUCCCCUUCAUGAACGAGGACUGCCUCCGCACCUGCGCCGUCACCUGCGCCUCCAACACCGGCGUGGACCUCGAGACCUGCGCCACCCAGAUCUGCGACUGCUUCGACAAGAAGGCCUACAUCGACGCCAACCCCUUCGAGUUCCACCAGUUCGGCGCCCAGAUUCAGGAUUCCCUGACCGGCAGGAAGCCCGGGCAGUUCACCAAGGCGCAGAAGUCUCAGCUCGGUCUCGUCGAGGACAAGAAGAAGAACAACAACAAGAAGGAGGAGGAGAAGAAGGAGAAGCCCAACCCGGUGCCGUCCGAGUCCGUCGACGAGGUCAACAAGGUCAAGACUCCUCCCGUCGCGACUACGGACAAGGUUGAGAGUGCGGCUCCUACCAUGACCAAGAGGCCCGCGAGGACAGUUGAGGCGAAGGAGACUGGGGCUCCUGUUGCCGAGAAGAAGAAGGAGGACGAGACCCGUGUUCUCGAGGAGAAGACCAAGGAGUCUGAGGUCAAGGAGAACGAGACCCGUGCUCUCGAGGAAGACAAGGUGGAGGCCGAGACCCGUGCUCUCAAGGAUCAGGUCCAGGAGUCUGAGGACCCCUGCGACUGCGGGAAGAAGUGCAACGCAGAAGGCGUCUGCGUUUGCAACGAGUGUGUGUGGGUGGCCAUGGCGGUCGAGACCCAGGAGGAGAAGAACGAGUCCAGCUAG